AUGGCAUGUUUGAGUCCUACUCUAAAAGGCUUACCAGGCAGAAGGGUGUAUACACUGAAAGCCUGUAAUGCAGCUGUUCCCCUGCAUCAUUCCGUUUCUCUGUGGUUACCACAGUCCAAGCUGGUCCUGGGGGAUAUUCAUGCAGAGUGGUCAGUUGGUUCCCAGGCCACUCCUGGAAGCUCAGGUGGGAGGAAAAGAAAAAAAGAAAAGACCAACCUGAUGCCCUAUCCCCGCAUCCACUUCCCUCUGGCCACAUAUGCCCCUGUAAUCUCUGCUGAGAAAGCCUAUCACAAACAGCUUACUGUAGCAGAGAUCACCAAUGCUUGCUUUGAGCCAGCUAACCAGAUGGUGAAAUACCCUAGCCACAGUAAAUACAUGGCUUGCUGCCUGUUAUACUGUGGUGAUAUGGUCCCCCAAAAUGUCAAUGCUGCCAUUGCCACCAUCAAGACCAAGCAUACUAUCCAGUUUGUGAAUUGGUGUCCCACUGGCUUCAAGGUUGGCAUCAAUUCUCAGCCUCUCACUGUGGUACCUGGUGGCAACCUGGCCAAGGUACAGAGAGCUGUGUGCAUGCUGAGCAACACCAUAGCUGUUGCUGCGGCCUGGGCUUGCCUGGACCACAAGUUUGACCUGAUGUACGCCAAGCGUGCCUUUGUUCACUGGUACAUGGGUGAAGGGAUGGAGAAAGGAAAGUUUUCUGGCCGUGAGGACAUGGCUGCCCUUGAGAAGGAUUAUGAGGAGGUUAGAGCCGAUAGUGCUGAUGGGGAAGAUGAGGGUGAGGAGUAUCAACCUGUCUACUACAACUUUACACUGUGUUGUCAUGAGACUGUCUUAUUUCUGUUCUGUAAAACUGUCCAUUGUAGUAGUCCUAAAGUGUUAAUAAAGUGUUAAUAAAAGUGAUAUUUUAGA